AGUGGCUGGUGAGUGUGGCUCCGCUGCGGUCCUGCCUGGACGCGGUGGCGCGACCCCCCAACCUUCUCCCGGGGCCUUUCCCGAAGCGCAGCGCCUCAGAGCCCAGGGCAGGAUCCCUGAUGCUCGCGUGUGCCCGGGGUUCCUCAGGGCAGCGCGGGAGGUCAUCCGGACGGACAAAAAGGGCUGCGGGCGUUGGACGCCAGCAAGGCCUGGAGGGUGUUGGGGACGGUGAUGCUGGCGGCCACACGUGCGGUGGCCAAGCCAGGGACCCGCACGAAUAUGAGGUCUGGAAGGUGUGUUAAUAGACUUCUCGCCGGCUGGUGGAUGCUUCCAACGCCGGAGACCGCAGAAUUGUUAGGUGUUCCUUGUUUUGAAAGCUGCCUUAGGUCGAUCGUCAGGCACCUUAAUUUUUUUCCAGUGGAGACAAUGCGUUUUUAGGAGGUUGAGUUCUGAGGCUAGAAAGGGAGAUGAUUUUCACCUCGGUGGCCCUCGCCACCUCCCCGCCAGCACCCACCGUGAAUAGAAGGUGCGGAGGCACAGUUGGUGCUAUUUUCACUUGUCCACUAGAAGUCAUUAAGACGCGGUUGCAGUCUUCAAGAUUAGCCCUCCGGACAGUCUACUAUCCUCAGGUUCAUCUGGGGACCAUUAGUGGAGCUGGAAUGGUGAGACCAACAUCCGUGACACCUGGACUCUUUCAGGUUCUGAAGUCGAUCUUGGAGAAAGAGGGACCAAAGUCACUUUUUAGAGGCUUGGGUCCAAAUUUGGUUGGAGUUGCACCAUCAAGGGCUGUAUACUUUGCAUGUUACUCCAAAGCCAAAGAGCAAUUUAAUGGCAUUUUCGUGCCUAACAGCAAUAUUGUGCACAUUUUCUCAGCUGGCUCUGCAGCUUUUAUCACAAAUUCCUUAAUGAAUCCUAUAUGGAUGGUUAAAACCCGAAUGCAGCUAGAACAAAAAGUGAGGGGCUCUAAGCAGAUGAAUACACUCCAGUGUGCUCGUUAUGUUUACCGGACCGAAGGCAUUCGUGGCUUCUAUAGAGGAUUAACUGCCUCAUAUGCUGGAAUUUCCGAAACGAUAAUCUGCUUUGCUAUUUAUGAAAGUUUAAAGAAGUAUCUGAAAGAAGCUCCAUUAGCCUCUUCUGCAAAUGGGACUGAGAAAAAUUCCACAGGUUUUUUUGGACUUAUGGCAGCUGCUGCUCUUUCUAAGGGCUGUGCCUCCUGCAUUGCUUAUCCACAUGAAGUCAUAAGGACGAGGCUCCGGGAGGAGGGCACCAAGUACAAGUCCUUUGUCCAGACGGCGCGCCUGGUGUUCCGGGAAGAAGGCUACCUCGCCUUUUAUAGAGGACUCUUUGCCCAGCUCAUCCGGCAGAUCCCAAAUACUGCCAUUGUGUUGUCUACUUAUGAGUUAAUUGUGUACCUGUUAGAAGACCGUACUCAGUAACAGGCCAGAAAAUUGUGCUCUAGAAGAAUAAAACUGAAAAACUCUAGAGAUUUUUUUUCCCCAUUGAUGUUUAGAAUGAUUGAGACUGAAACAGCAAAGGCCAUAAAAUAUCUGGCUCAUGUCACCUGUUGGACAUUUCCUUUUGGAUUCAUGCUUUCUGGAAGGUUUAAAUUCAUUAACGUUAAUAGUUAAUUAUAACUUUUUUUUUAACUUAAGAGGAUUCAGGGUUAAGCAGCAGCUAAAUUAAAUCAUGCUGUUUAAGUUAAGU